AUGCCUAAUAAUCCCCGGCCACGCAGUAGCCGACCUCUUAUGAUCGUUCCUGUCCUCGUUGCCGCCCUGGCGAUCAUCCUGGCUUCCUCCUCAACCGCUCGCGGCCUAUUCUCCCGGGUCCGAAGCGAAACCUUCAACAAGUUUACCACGGCUUUUAACAACGCCCCCAAGGCCAAUCUCACCACCACCACUACUUCACCGCUUCAAACCGCCACAGCAAACUUGACAUCCUCCUCCAAAAUGGGCAGACCACCUGUAUACUUUUUCUCUCACGGAGGACCCGACGUCCAAUACAACACCAAACACCCCGUCUACCCUGUCCUGCAGUCCAUCGGCAAAGAAAUCAUCCAAAAGGUCAAACCCAAGGCAGUCGUCGUCUUCUCCGCGCACUGGCAAUCCGACACCCCCUCAGAAAUCCACCUCAACAACGGCGGCGGUCCAACCGACCUGAUCUACGACUUCUACGGCUUUCCCGAUCACUUCUACAAAGCCACCUUCCCCACCACCGGCUCGCCCCAGCUAGCCGCCAAGAUCCAGCAGCUCUUGACCAAAGCCGAUAUCCGAUCCAAGGGUCUCAAGCGCGGUUUGGACCACGGCGUCUUCUCCGGGUUCAACGUUGCGUUCCCGCCUGGCACCGACCGAGCCAUCACCGUACCGCUGGUGCAGGUGUCCCUGUUCAAGUCCGAGGAUCCGGACGCGCACUACCGUCUGGGCCAGGCCUUUACUUGGGGCGACCCGCGGCCGCUGCCGUACGCGGUCAGCUUUGAUAACGCGCUGAAGGAGGCCGUGGAGGGUGAUGUGGAAGGAAGGCAGGAGAGGAUGAGGGAGGCGGCGAAGAGGAAGGAUGCGAGACAAGCGCACCCAUUCAUGGAUCACUUAAUGCCAAUCUUCAUAGCGGCAGGUUGUGCUGGCAAGGAUAAGGGCGUGCAGACGUGGACGUUGCAUGAGGGCAGCUUUGCGUGGGCGCAGUAUCGUUUUGGAGAUGUGCCUGAGGAGUAG